AUGGGGACGCCUAGUAUAAGUAUCGGAAGGCUCAGUGCUCUGAUCACACUCGCCGUUUUGUGGAAACCAGCGUAUUCCGAUUGCUCACUGUCAUGUCAAGGAACAUCAUCGUCCCCGACAUUCCUGGACGGCCACACAUAUAACUAUGGCUUUGACGGUGCCGUCUCGAUAUAUGUGACCGGAGCAGAGAAACAGGAGACAGGUGUCAAGAUUUUCGGGCAGGUGUCUGUGACCGCAUUGGGCAACUGUGCCCUCGCGCUUAAGGUCAACUCUAUGACCAUUUCGGGUCCUGACGGCAAGAAAUUCCCCAGCCCGCCUGGCAUCGAUAAGGCGGUACAGUUCAGCCUACAAGAUGGUCGCGUUGGUCCGGAAAUAUGUGCAGAGGACGGAGACACCAGACGCUCGCUUAAUAUUAAGAGAGCCAUCAUCUCAAUGCUCCAGACUGAGCAGAAACCUUCGACACAGGUGGACGUGUUCGGUUCCUGCUUUACUGAAGCCUCAUCGUCCCAAGAAGGCGGUGCCACUUUGGUGCAUCGCAGCCGCGACCUCUCACGCUGCGCGCAUCGUGAACAAGGAAGAAACGACUUCUUGACGGCCGUCUACAAUCCAACAGCUGAAAUUAAGGACACGCAGAUACUUCAGUCAACGUUGAAUGUGGAAUCGAAGGUAAACAACGGUGUACCGGAGAAGGUGUCGGCCACUGAACAAUAUCUGUACAAACCCUUCUCGGUCGGCGAAAAUGGCGCUCGCGCUGAAGUAAACACCAAACUGACAAUGACUGGAACCACACAAGGUGGCGGUAGCCCAGGUAACUGCCCUGAAAGACGCACUAUCAUUUUUGAGAACCCGCACGGAGUUAUGUCUGAAAAGAGCAACUUGCAAAAUGCGCUCAGCGUAUUAAAAGACACUAGCAAAGCGUUGCAAUCCGAAGCAUCAUCUAAGUCCGCAGGCAAAUUUGCUCAGCUUGUCAGGGUCUUACGUACCACGAAUAAAGAUGAUUUGAUGAAGCUUUUCAACCAAGUCAAAGGCAACAGCCUGGAGAAGAGAGUUUACCUAGACGGUCUCCUGCGCACUGGUACAGGUUACAGUAUCGAGGCUUCCAUUCAGAUCCUUAAGGGCAGGGAGUUAUCUGGUCUGGAAGAAAAGCUCGUGUUCCUUUCCAUGGGUAAUGCGAGACAUGUCAAUGAUGAGGCUCUAAAGGCGGCUACUACCAUCUUGGAUAGACCGAACAUCCCUAAAGAAGUCUAUUUGGGUGUUGGAGCACUAGCAGGUGCCUAUUGCAAAGACCACAACUGCCAUACAAGCAAAUCUGAUGGCAUCGUUACCCUUAGUAAAAAACUUGCUGCCAAGUUACAAAACUGCAAGCCGAGGAACAAAGUGGAGGAGGAUAACGUUGUUGCCGCUCUGAAAGGAAUAAGGAAUAUCAAGCAUCUGGAGAACAACUUGGUUGACAAGCUGGUGCACUGCGCUGCAGACGACAGUGUGAAGGCUAGGGUGAGAGUUGCGGCGCUAGAAGCUUUCCUUGCAGACCCCUGUGCUGCUAAGAUUAAAAAGUCCGGCUUGGAUUUGAUGAAAAAUAGACAACUUGACUCUGAAAUUCGCAUUAAGGCGUACUUGGCCGUUAUAGGGUGUCCCUGUGGCAAGUCGGCAAACGAAAUAAAGACUCUUUUGGAUUCCGAACCAGUCCAUCAAGUGGGACGUUUCAUCACCUUGUCUCUCCGCCACAUUCGUUCCUCUUCAAACCCUGACAAACGUCUAGCCCGACUGCAUUAUGGCCAAAUCGGAACUCCAAACAAAUUUAACAUCGAUGACAGGAAAUACUCAUUCUACCGUGAGCAAUCGUUCAACAUCGACGCUCUGGGUGCCGGAGGUAAUGUCGAAGAGAUGAUCAUCUACUCGCAAGAUUCCUUCUUACCCCGGUCUGCAAGCUUGAACCUGACUGCCGAAGUUUUUGGACACAACCUCAAUAUUCUUGAGGUUGGUGGUCGACAAGGAAAUCUCGAUCGCGUCAUCGAACACUUCCUCGGACCUAAAGGAUUCCUUCGUUCAAACAAACCUCAAGACAUCUACGACAGCCUGGUCGAACGAGUGCAGAAGUCAAAGCAAAAGGUUGAACAAGGCUUGGUGAGGCGUCGCCGCUCAAUCCAAAGCGAAGUUGACAAUUUUGACAAAAAAGUAAAGGCAGAAUCAGUGCCCUACAACAACGAAUUGGACCUGGACGUUUACCUGAAGCUUUUCGGCACCGACGCCGUGUUCCUGUCACUCGGUGACGACAAGGGCUUCAACUUCGACAACUUACUCGACCAAGUUAUCAGCAUACUCCACGAUGGUAUGAACAAAGUGAAAAACUUCCAGAAUGAAAUCCGUGGCCAUCUCCUCUUUCUGGACGCAGAACUUGCUUACCCAACAUCUACUGGUCUUACGUUAAAACUUGACCUAGUUGGUGCUGCUACUGGACGUGUAGAUGUCGGCUCGAAUGUUGACAUUCGUCAAUGUCUCCGCAAUCCCGAAAAUGCCAAGGUCGACAUUAAAUUGGUGCCAUCUACGGACAUUGAAAUCUCCGGUGUCAUGAUGGUAGAUGCCGAUGCAGUCGGCACUGGUCUGAAAGUCGUCACUAACUUGCAUUCUUCCAUCGGUGGUCAUCUUAUCGCCAAGGUAAUCGAAAACGGCCAAGGUUUCGACAUCCAUUUCGGCUUACCCGUCGAAAAACAAGAGAUACUCGUUGCCUCGAACGAGCUAGUUUACUUUACAGCCGAGCGAGGCCAAAUGGAGAAAAUAAACCCUGUUAAAGUUGACACCAAUAUUAAGGAAUACAAGGGUUGUUUCGACCAGCUCUCAGAUGUCAUUGGCCUGACUUUAUGCGGAGAGGUAUCUGUGCCUUUCUCGUUCUCCGGCCCGGAAGCUCAAUCUUCCAUUUCGAAGUUUGCUGCCCGCUAUCCACUGACUGGACCUGCUACCGUUAAAUUAGUAUUAGAAAAGAACAACCUUAGGGGUUAUCACGUCAAAGGUGUCCUGCGAAGAGAUUCGAAAUCGGGCAGAUUUGGCGUCGAAUUUCUCUUUGACGCUGAAGGGUGCAAAACUGGCCGUAUUCAAUUAAAUGGCGACUUGCUUUUGUCAAACGAAGAAAGGUCGUUGAAGUUAGCAUUAGACUCUCCAUUCAAGGUACUAUCUGGAGAAGUUGCUUUAUUCACGAAACCGAACAAAGAAUACGCCCUCCUUACCAAAGCUAAAAUAGAUAAUGCAGAAUAUUAUGGCCGAUUAGGAUUUGAUGUACACAAAGAAGGUCAAAAAGUAAUCUACAAGCCAGUCUUAGAGUACUUGCUGCCUGAUAACAAGGGGAAGCAAGUGGUGAGGAUUGAAGGACAAAUAAGUCACAACACGCAAAUAAAUGAAAUCACUUGGAGUUUAAGGAAUAUAAACGCUGUGUUCUUCCACUCUAAUGAUCCACUGGAGCUUAAUGGACUUUAUAGGUCUUCACCAAACGGUUUCAAUUUCGACGCCAAAGGGAAAAUGGGCCAGCACACCAUGCUUUUGAUUACUUCUAUGAGGAAUGCAGAAUUCAAAUUAGAGUUCCAGAAUACUUUAAACCCGUACAUAAACUUUAAGAUAAAUGGUCACUUCGAAAAUAAUAAAGAGGUUAUUCACAACGACAUCGAUCUGUGGUAUGGUGGCGAUCUUCGCAAUUCCGAAAACCGUGUCACGCUUAAUCAAUUCUAUAAACGUUACGAUGAUUCCAAAGAGUUCAGCAUUAUCACAAAUAACAAAUUUGAGAUUCACUGUCUUCCACUGAAACUUAAAGCUGAAGCUCAAAUCGACAGCAAGAAAGUUGAUAUUGACGUGGAAGGUCAAUACUUUGAUAAAAAAGCUGAACUUGAUAUAGAAGCAAGGACUCAGAUCAAGAAACCUGGAGAUUAUAGUGUAAAAAUUACGGCUCAGCUAGACCGUCAAGGCGUAGAGGCAUUCGCUAAGAGAGAUAUUGUCUCUGCUGAUAAAUCCAAUUUCGAAAAUUACAUUGCUAUAAAGGGCAUUGGAAAGUAUGAAUUGUCAGGUAUGGUGAUUCACAAAAAUAAAGUUAAUGAUGUGAACAUUGGAGCGAUUGGACAUCUGAAGGUCUCUGGCGGAGGCAAGAACGAAAAUAUUAAGUUCGAUGUCGGUGUCAUCGAAAACGUCAACCUAUAUUCUUCACACGCCAAGUUAUCGACAAACAAGGGUGAAUUUUUGGACUUAUUGCUCAAAAUAAACCGUGGAGCUAACGCCAAUGGCCAAUUAAAAUUCAUCCUUAAAGACUCCAUAGCCGCAAACGGGCAGUUUGAAGUGACGGACAACGACGGCAAAGGAAACGGGGUGGUUAUCAUCGACUUUAAGAAAGCACAACGUAAGAUAAAGGGUGACGUUAAAUUCGUGGUCAAGGACCCGGUUUACAAUGCUGAUAUAGAGUUAUUCCUCAACUAUGAAAAGGACAACAACGACAAACUGCACAUUAGAACAAACAACAAGAUGACUGACAAAAUAAGUGACUCCAGGAAUAAGUUCGAGUAUGCUGGUAAGAUCACUGAGAUAAAUAUAAAUAAGAAUGGUGAAUUAAUGGGUGACGACAAGUCCAGCGCUAACGUAGAAGUUGUUCUUCCUACGGAAAGAUGUCUCAACAUGAAAUACAACAGAGCGGUUGUUGAGAAAGAUAAUACUCUCAAUGGAAACGUCGCCCUCGAGAUUUCUGACUCAGAGAAGCGGGGAGCGGCUGGCUCUGCUAUCAGCUACAAGGGAAAAAUUGUGGAUACAAACUUGGACCAGUAUACCUUGAACUACGAAGGCCAAAUCCAACUGCGUCUGAAGAAUGGCAAACAGUUAACAAAAUCGAUAUAUUUGAAAAACGUCCCGUUAGGCAAUGACGAGUUCAAGGGUGAAAUUAAGAUCGAUAUCAACGGCAACCUAAUACCGAAGCCGGUCUCCUUAACAGCGACUGGAACGUACAACAAUAACGAAAUGUUUAACAAAAACAUCAGGCUUAAAGCUAACUACGGCGACGAUACAGCCCUGGAACUAGUCGGCGAUGGGGUAUAUAAGACCGAGGGUGGUGUUCAAAAAUAUGGUAAUGACUUCACUCUUUCUCUGCUACUACCAUUCGAAAAAGCCCAUGACAUCAAAUGGAUAUCGAAGGUACAAUUCAUUACACCUGAGGCCAAGGACUUUACAGAGUUUACCAUCAUCGAAUCGGUGCAAUUGAACGCAGACGUAUUCAAAAUUGAUUCCAACGGAAAGCUCGGCGUCCAAAGUGGAACCGCUGAAAUCAAGGUGCUGGUACCUCACCACGAUCCAUUUGUCCUACACGGCAAAUAUGAUGUCUCAGCUAAGAAAGAGGUAAAAUCAGUCAAGGCCGACCUGCAGGCUCGUUACGGUAAAAUUAAGAGGGACUUUAAAUUGGUCAUCAACGCACCGCCUCGUGAACUGGACGUGUUGCUCGUAGCGAACGCACCAGACGCUGAUAAACUGAAGAGAUUAGAAAUCCAAAUUGACAGCAAGAACUCUGCCCCUAACACUUACAGCAACAUGCUGACAAUCCAAGCCGAUGACCGAGUGUACAAAACAGAGGGCGUUGUGGUAUACUCAAGAAUACAACCUCUCUUUGAUCUCAAGUACACAAGUCCCAGUUCGCCAAAAUCUAGCAGGCUGUACCUUAAAGGAGAAUCUAUUAGCGCAUCGAAUGGUAAGUUUGAAUUGAAAUUAGAAAACAUCAAGGACAUCGAUUUCGACGGAUCAUUCGAGGGCAACGUUCAAAAAGAGAACAUCAACCUCAAGGCUCAAGCCAACUCCGGCUACUUCGGUCUGAAGGAUUACAAGAUGGACAUAAGCAGCAAGGAUGCUGGCAACGGCAAACGAUUGGAGUUCCACGCGACGAAUGACAACAAGAAUCUGCUUAGUGGCAGCACAUCCUACAUCAGCAAACAGGAGGGGGCGAAAACAAUCGUAGAGGGAUCCGGUUCGGUGAAACUGAAAGACGAACAGAAACCAGCAAACUUCAAGUACAUUCGCACUAUUCUCGCAGAUGGCAGUGAGACAUUCCUGAACCUCGCUAUUGGGGAGCGAAGCUACGUUGCGGAAUCAAGGAUCACAGAAUUUGAAUACAAGAACUCUUACGUCUACUGUGAGGAAAAGAAACAGUGUGCCAACAUCGAUCUGCACUCCAAGAUCAAUGUGAUCAAGCCAGGUUUCGUGGAGCAUCUAGUAAACGUAGACUUUGAUCUACGCAAGCUAGGUUUUGCACCAGAGUUCGGUCUUCAGAUAUCCAACGAGAUGUCGGAGUUCGUGCUGCCUAAAUACAGCUUGGAUCUCCACGUCAACAAGGAUGACAAGAAAUACCAUCUGCAUGUGUACUGCAAGCCUGAAACUGGCCUGAUCCCGGCUGGCAUCACAAUGAGCAUUCCGUCGAGGGUUCUAGCACUUGAGUCUCAACUUCGCUAUUCGCCGAACGGGCUGCUGCUUUUCCCGAUUCACGGCGAAGUGUCGUUGUACCCUGACAAGAAUAGACCGCAGCAAAAGACCGGCGCGAGGAUGACCGUGACGGCUGACGUCGCAGACCCUCAAAGCUCCGCGCUCGCCGAGUUCGGAUUCAGCCACCCUAGACUUGGCGAAGAGUUAACGCUGAAGAUAAACGGACGACUGGAACGGCCGCAAGAAAAUACAUUGAAAUUUGAAACCUCCGCCGUACUUUCACAUAAUUGCUUCGGUGGCAAACGUGAAUCGAAAGUAAGCUUGGAGGUGAAUCCCACUCACGUGAAGUUCACGUUCGACACACCCCUCGUCAAGGUCAUUGACCUGGAAGGUUCAGCGAUCGUGAAAGACAACUUGCAACAGGGUGAUAUCAAAUUCCGUCUUUUGGAAGGCAAGCCAGUACAAGUUCACGCUGUGGCCAGGGACUAUCAGUAUUAUGAAUUCACCACAGGAUACAGCGAUGAGUCCGAGCGCAAGCUGACUAUCGUCGGAAACCUGCAGCCCGAGAAACGAGUGGACGUGGCAGUUGACAUUAUAUUACCUGGCCACAAGAAGAACAUCAUUCACGGCGGUCUAUUCCUACAAGACAACCUGGUUAAGAGCGAAUACGGUCUUUCCAAAGAAAACUUCAACUACUUCGUGAACGCGCUUAAGAAUGACCUGACCAACCUCCAGACCCGUGUCAAAGAACUUGGAGACAAGAACAGCCAAGAAUUCAAACGUACGCUGGACCGCAUCAAACCGACGUUCAGUAAACUGGAGCAAGCGUAUAGGGAGGACUUACAAAAACUUGUGAACGAGAUCGGAAGCGAUGAAACACUUAAAGAGAUUUCCGAGGCUUUGAACUUCGUGGUUAAAUUCCUGGCCAAACUGGUCGACGACAUACUGAAGAUGACAAAACCAUUGGUUGACAAAAUCACUGAGGCAAUAACCAACCUUGCUGAAAAGGUCAAGGAGCUCUACGUUAAACAAUUGGAGCCGCAAGUCAAAGAGCUGUACGCGAACGUGGCCGCCGUAAUAAGCGAAUACUUCGAUGGCCUGGUGGACACCGCCGCCCACUUCGCUGCCCUCGUCAUCGACUUCUUCGAGCGCCACAAGCCCGAGAUCGAGGAACUCACCAACACCCUCACCGAGAUUUUCAAAGAUUUAACCAAACUACUCGUCACGCAACUGAAAGAAUGGCGCGAAAAAGUGUCUCAAAUAUUUGAAGAGCUCAGUCGGCAAAUAAAAGAGCUGCCGAUCGUUGGUCAACUCAAGGAAAAAUGGCAAGAAAUGGCAAUUUCGGAGCAGGCAAUAGCCAUGUUGAGCGAAGCCCACAAGGCAAUUCGCCAGGUGUUGCCGACUGAAGAGGCUAAGAACUUCGCCGAUGAACUUUUCAAAUACGUCUCGAAGAAACUGCAACAGCAAAAGGUGGACGAAGCGGCAUCGCUGCGAGUCUUGUACGAGAAGUUUGCAGUGGCAGUGAGCUCGAUCGUACAGUUCAUCCGUACGAACCUCGGCGCCGUGGGGAUACCAGUGGCCCCUGCUUUCAGCGCCAUACCUUGGUCACCGAGCUUCGCACCGAUCUCUGCCCCUACCUUAGGCGGAAGUGCCUCUUUCAGCCUGUUCAAUCAGCUGCUCCAAGGGGAUAUACCAGAUCCUCUAGCCUUGAUCCGGGCAUACAGGCCACGCUACCUCAAUCCGCUCGACGAGAUACCGUCCAAACUCAGAGCGGUGGUCGUUAAUGGCCAGCACAUCUUCACGUUCGACGGCCGCCACCUGACCUUCCCCGGCACCUGCCGCUACGUCCUCGCCCACGACCACGUCGACCGCAACUUCACGCUGAUGAUCCAGCUGCAGAACGGAGCGCCCAAGGCGAUCAUCCUCGAAGACAGGAGCGGCGCCGUCAUCGAGAUCAAGGAGAACGGUCAAGCAGCUUUGAACGGAGCCAACCACGGAUUGCCAGUGGCCGAAAAGGAGUCCUUCGCGUUCCGCCAGACUAACGGCAACCUUGGCAUCGGCUCCACCUACGGAGUAUUGGCCAUCUGCUACGGAAAACUCGAGAGCUGCUACAUUGAAGUUAGCGGUUUCUAUCUUGGCAAGCUGCGGGGUCUUCUCGGUGAUGGCAAUAACGAGCCUUUCGAUGACUUCAGAAUGCCCAACGGAAAGAUCUCUAACUCGGAAUCCGAGUUUGGCAACGCGUACCGCCUCACCGGCAGCUGCCCAGCGGCGAAGACCCCCGAGCACUCUCACCAUCAGCUCCACCACAUGUCCUUGCCGCCGGCGUGUGAGAUGGUCUUCGGCGGAACCUCGCCUUUGAGACCGUUGUCUUUGCUUCUGGACAACGCACCAUUCAGGCAAGCGUGCAUCCACGCAGCGAGCGGCGACUCCUCGGAGGCCAUCCGCCAGGCUUGCGCGCUGGGGCGCGGCUACGCGGUGCUCGCGCAGACCGGGCUGCUGCCGGCGGCGCUGCCCCCGCGCUGCCUCUCGUGCACGGACGCCGACAAGGAGCGCGCCGUCGGCGACACGUACGAGCUCAAGCUGCCGGCGAAGCAGGCCGACAUCAUCAUCGCCGUGGAGACAACGAUCGGCAACGAGAAGAAUUUCAAGGAAUUGGUUGUGCCGCUCGUCUCCCAGCUGAUCGACAACUUGAAGAGCAAACGCAUCGGUGAUAUCAAAGUAUACCUCGUCGCCAUAACCUCCAAAUAUGCUUACGCCACCGUCCACGAUUCUGAUUUGAAACUGAAAACGGCUAAUAUGAACUUCGACGACGAGAGCCGCUACGAGAAAAUGUUCGAGACCGUUAAGACGGGCAAUGAGAGAAUCGACAAUUUCGCACAAACUGCAACAAACGUACUGGACUACUUGAGGAAAUCUUUAGGCUUUACAAACGUUAUGGCAGGCUACAAGGAGUUGGCAGACCUGCCUUUAAGGGCCGGCGCUGUCAAGCACACUAUCAGCGUGGUUUCCCAACAUUGCCAGAAACAGGACGCAUUCCUCUCUUUGUUCCGGUCACUCAUAUACGAAAACGUAUACAAGGCGAACGCGCUCACCGCUUCCAUCAUCACGAACACUCCUCAACUGUCAGAGGGAGACGAGAAACUCAAACAGGCUGCUGGAUACACAAAGAACUCCGUGCUUUUGUGUGGCGAUAAGAAGCAGAAGGACACAGAAGCACUCCGUGCCACUAUUAAAUCAAGUGACAACGAAUGCAUCAAUUUCGUUGAAUCUGUCGACGGUUUCGUCUUCUCCGCUUCGAACUACGAGGCGAUGAACCCUGGCAUGCAGAAGCAGUUCCUGCAGACCGCGGCUGGCGCCAUCAGCAAGGAGAUGCUGAGAGAGGUGUUGGUCCAACAGUGCACAUGCAGCUACGUAGACCCCUUGAGGGCGCGCUCCGUUUGCGUCACCAAGGAAAGGAAGGAAGCGGCCCGCCGGCGAAAG